GUAAAAUGGCGGAUCCGGUCGAUAUUAAGACGGAAACUCCGGAGUUAACUCCAGAAGUCAAAGAAGAAAAGGCAAUCGAUUUGGAUCGGAUUCAUAUUAAGAAUAUCCCAACAUUUAUCGGAUUCAAGCAGUUCAAGAAAGUAUUGGAAAAAAUCCUCGGCGACGUAAAAUCGAAAAAAGUGCGCCAUAUGUCAGAUUACGCCUAUGUGACGUUCGAAACCCCAGAGGACGCCCAAAAAGCUAUAAAUCUAGUCGAUGGCUAUGACUACAAGAAAUUCAUACUGUCAGCGCAGCUAGCAGCCACAGAAGUCAAAUCUUUCCGUCCGGCUAACCCGGAAAAUACCGAGCCAGCUCAGCAGAAAACCGCCCGUGAAAGUGUAACUCCGCUCGCCGAGAUGGAAUACGGGAAGCAGUUGGAGUUGAAGCAGCAGAAUAGUGUGGGCGUCGUUGAAAAGUUGUACCGGCAGCUAAUUCAGAAUAAAGUUGCACAUUUGGGCAAACAGACUCAAUUCCGAGAUCGUGUUCUUCGGGAAAUUCUCCCCGCACCGAAAACCGCCGGUUAUCGAAAUAAAUGUGAAUUUACAAUUGGUCACGAUUUGAAUGGAGAAAUUUGCGUGGGAUUCGUCGGCGGAAGAUUCUCGAAAAAUCAGCAUUUUGUGAUACCGCCCGUCGACGUGGAUAUUGUCAGCACACAGAUGAUGGCGAUCGUUGGGGAUGUGCAUGAAUUUGUGAAAGAAUCGGCGUUGGAGCCAUUUAAUGAGUUUGAUAGGAAAGGAUUCUGGCGGAUGCUGACGAUUCGGGAAUUUGGAGGAGAUGUUAUGCUGAUUUUUACGGUUUUUCCGCUGGAGGAUGGCGUGGAGAGGAUGGAAGAGAUUCAGAAGAAGAUUGAGACGAGAUUUUUGGAUUUUGAAACAUUCAAGGAGAAAAAGUACCGAGUGUGUAGUAUCUAUUGGCAACAAAUGGUUCAUAUCAGUGAUACACCGAACUUCAAGCUGAUCGGUGGAACUCCGUACAUUUAUGAAUCUCUGUUGGACUGCCGAUUCCGAGUAUCACCGCCAGCGUUUUUCCAGACGAAUAGCCAGGCGGCGGCGGUUCUCUACUCGACGAUUGGAGAGCAUUGUGGGCUCAGUGAAAAGAAAACCAACGAAGAUGUUCCAGUGGAAACUGAUGCAUCGGAAAAAGCCCCAGAAGCUCCAGCAGCACCUUCAGAGCCCAUCCCCGACGAUCCAUCCGAUGCUCCUCCGGCAAAGAUCCCGAGAAUCGAGCCGGAGCCCACUGCAGCAGAUGAAGCACCUGCUCCAGAAGAUCCCGGAACCAUCCUUCUUGACAUUUGCUGUGGAACCGGAACGAUCGGUCAAUGCCUUCUGAAAAAUAUUCAAAAAUCGCAAAAAGUGUGCUGCAUCGGAAUUGAAAUGAUCGCCGAAGCGGUGGAGGACGCCAAACAAAAUGCGAAACAGAAUAAAAUGGAAACAUGCUGUAAAUAUAUUGCUGGAAAAGCCGAGGACACAUUCCGAUCGAUGAGAUAUCAUCUGCCGAAUGGUUUUGAUCUACGAAAAUCGAGAGUGGUCGGAGUGCUCGAUCCACCGAGAGCCGGAAUGCACGAGAAGGUUAUUCUCGCGUGUAGAGAGAUGGAAACAAUGCGUCGUCUGAUCUUUGUCUCGUGUGAACCAAACGCCGCCAUCUCCAACAUCGUGAAUCUGUGCCGUCCGUCGUCUCGAAAAUACACUGGAGACGCGUUUUCGGUGACCCGUGUGCAGCCGGUCGACAUGUUCCCGCAGACGAAUCAUAUGGAGUGGAUUAUUCAAUUGGAUCGUUAAUUUUUGCAAUUUUAUUGUUGUUUUUUUUUCGUUGUUAAAUUUUAUAUUAUAGAAGCGCAGAAAAAUGCCUUUUUUUUGAAGUUGGCGAGGAAACGCGCUCCACGGAGAACGGGUCUUGUUGGGUAUUUUUCGUUGUUUUCUUGAUUUCUAUGCCAAAAUUGAUGUAAAAAUUGAUUUUCAACCGAAAAUUAAUUUUCAAAACUCCAUUUCGACCUGAAAAUCAUGAUUUUCAGGUCGAAAUGGGGUUUUAAAAAUUAAUUUUCAGUUGAAAAAUCAAUUAUUUUCACUAAUUUUGGCAUAAAAAUUAAGAAAACAACGAAAAUGCCACAAAAAUAAUGUCUUUUAAGUUUUACAAUUUACAAGGUUUUUCCAUGAAUUUCGGCUUAAAAAUUAAUAAAAAUGCUUGAAAAUCGAUGGGUUUUCCGCCAAAUACCUAAUGAGACCCAUUGGCUGUGGAGCGCGUUUUCACACCGAAUGCAUUUUUAAAAUUUUCUGCGUCCUCGUAAUAUGCAUUGUUUUGUUUUUUUUUAUUUUAAAUUUUCCAAUUGUGCAAGUGCGUUCUACUGGAAUAAUCUUUGUUUUUUUGCUAAAUUUGAAAAA